AGCGGGCCUGGGUGGAUGUCUCCGGCGUGUCCGUGCAGGGGGCUGAGGGCCGCGGUGGCUGCCAGCGUGGGGCUGAGCGAGGGGCCGCCGGGCUCCGCCCGGAGCGGCCGCCUCCUCCGCCCGCCGAACCCCGCUCCGGCGGCUCCGGGAGCCCGGCUGUUGCGGCUCCCGGGGAGCGGGACCGUGCGGGCCGCAAACCCGGAGCGCGCCGGCUGGAGCGAGGCGCUGCGGGCCGCCGUGGCCGAGCUGCGCGCCGGCGCCGUGGUGGCUGUCCCCACCGACACGCUGUACGGCCUGGCCUGCUCGGCGAGCUGCUCGGCGGCGCUCGGCGCGGUGUACCGCCUCAAGGGCCGCAGCGAGGCCAAGCCGCUGGCCGUAUGCCUGGGCCGCGUGGCCGACGUCUACAGGUACUGCCAUGUGAGAGUACCCGAGGGGCUCCUGAAAGACCUGUUACCAGGACCGGUGACCCUGGUGAUGGAACGCUCAGAGGAGCUCAACAAGGACCUGAACCCCUUCACUCCUCUCGUGGGCAUCCGGAUUCCUGACCAUGCCUUCAUGCAGGACUUGGCCCAGGUGUUUGGGGGACCACUUGCUCUCACCAGUGCCAAUCUCAGCUCCCAGGCCAGUUCUCUGAAUGUCGAGGAGUUCCAAGACCUCUGGCCUCAACUGUCCCUGGUCGUUGAUGGGGGACCGAUUGGGGAUGGCCAGAGCCCUGAGUGUCGCCUCGGCUCAACUGUGGUUGACUUGUCUGUGCCUGGAAAGUUUGGCAUCAUUCGUCCAGGCUGUGCCCUGGAAAGUACUACAGCCAUCCUCCAACAGAAGUACGGGUUGCUCCCUUCACACGGAUCCUGCUUGUGAAACGUGGGAGGAGGUGGGGCCCAAGGACUGGUGCUGGACACUGUGUGUCUGUCCGCUGGUGGCUGGCAAGGCCUCAUUUGCAGAGGCCACUGGGGCUGCAAGGUCACUAGUCUGACCCUUCAAGGCAAUGUGUCUUUCUCAACGCUGUAGACCAGGUCCCAGGAGCUGCCAGUGUAGCCUCACACCUGGUGGAGGAGGUUAUAUUUAUUAUUUGUAAUUUCAUGUAUCAGCCAAAAGCUGACUAGAGACUUUAAGAACAUUCCUAGGAUGGCCUUGUUCUGAUAAGUCGUUUCUUCUUUUUUUUUUUUAAUUUUUGAAAAAUAAUUUCAAUAACAGAUUUGGAAUGUAGUGGGAGCCUCCUCUCUGGUGGGUGGUGGUAUUUAAGGUCCAAAUCAGCUAGAGCACCAGCUGGUGCUGUUUAAGUCUCAAGUGACCAAAGGCGCGAGUUUGUGCUCCUGGAGCUGGAACCAGGUGAGAAUGAAGAUUGUAGAGCCACAGGCCGAACGCUGUUUCCUCUGAACCAGGGGCUGCUGGUGUGUGUGCUGUAAUUGCCUGGCCGAGAGAGUCAACGUUUUGGUCUGAUGGUGGGAAGUCAGCUCAGUUGGCAAGGGCUGGGGGUAGGGGGUCCAAAUUAAAGAAUAUUGGCAAACAAAUCUCUACUACCCGUUUCAGCCAGGGACUUUUUUGUUAUUUAUUCAUAAAAUAAAUUAUAGCAAAUUGUACCUAUGACACCUUUAUUUAAAUCCAGUGUCUACUCAGCAGCCUUUAUCUUUAUUCAUAUGUAUACCAAGUGUUAAAUAGAAUUAUUGUUGGGCAUUUGAACUUUGGUUUUCUUUAAUAGAAAAUAAUGCUGCUAUUAAACAUCUUUGCAAAUGG